AAGAUGAAUCAAUGGAGGUUUCAGCUGGGUGAUUGUGUGUCGUGAAAGCAGACUUUACUCCAUCAAAUUACGUUUUGUGUUUUGUGCUCAUUUUCAAUACACACUUUUAUUUUGUGUUUGUUAUUUAAUGAAUUGCAAGCAUUAAAUUAUUGUAUGUGGUGUAAUUCAAUAUCAAAUUUGCUUUGCAUUGUUGUUAAUGUAAUGCAAGCAAUAAUUACAAAAACUUAAGUGAUUAUGUGUAUAGACAGUAGUAAUUUGCAAUAAAAAUGUGAAGCUGUGUGCACAUAAUAGUUUUAGGAAAUGAAAAUGGAGAUAAUAAUUAAUUCCAAAUGCAGUCUCAUUGGAAUGGAAAAUUAUUGAUCAUGUCUUCAUAAAUUGAAGAAUAUCAUUUUUAUUCUGUAAAAAGAAUUGCACCAACAUUCACAAGGAACAGUUAAUGGAUCUUUUUUUAAUGUAGAUGAUGUAUUUUGUGCAUAAAGUAAAAGUUUAAUUGUUUCGUACACAUUCCUACAUAAGGAUUGAAGCACCUAGGGUAAGCAUGAACUCCUUUACGAAAAGUCAGGUGCAGCCAGUGUUGCUACUCUUCUCACUUCCCUCACUUCACUUCUCACCUUUCACUAUCUCACCUUUCCUGUAGUUGCUGAAGUGAAGACAUUUAUCAACAACUUUUUGUUCUUCAAAGAAUUUCAGUGCAUCACAACAACAAACGGAAACUGAUAACACAAGGCUGCUGGCGCGGUGGCCUGUACUGCAAAUAGCUAGUGAAUGUCCAACUCGUGCUCGUUGCUUUCAUCUUAAAUAAAAAUUGAAUGUUUGUUUAGAAUUUAUAAAGGGUAUUAAGAAUAUUAAGUUAACAGAUAUUUUUGUUUAAGGAAGAAAUGGUUUUUAUUUGACAAUCCUCUGUAGUUUAAAAUAUUAUCAAUGUUGUGUUGAACCAUUAACUCAGGGAAUCGUGAGCGAACAGCUCGGUCACUUUCUUCCCAUCAAAUAUGCUUAUUUUAUCUGAAUAAUUUUUCUAUCCACUUGACAGCUGGUGGUGGGGUAAAACUAUGUUGCCUCUUACUCAUUCAUAUAGCAUUCUUGCGUCAGAUCACAACAACAGCAGCAGCAGUAGCAAAAAAAUAAAUUGAGAGCACAGAUGAUUCAUUUUUCAUUUUUUUCUUCAUAAGCAUCUCAUUGGUAAUUCUGCAGUGAAUUCACAAUUUGAAGCCUCUGAUUGGAUAAAGGAACUUCCUCUCCCCUGUCAGCUGCUAGCUGUUGAGUAGGCAUAAAUAUUAUUCAGACAAUAGUAACACAUUUGGGUUUUUCACUGUAAUGGAAGAACUGACAAAAACUAAAACUUACCAGAGGUCUGCCAUGUAACUUUCCUGUUAUUGCCUCCUCAAACAAUAUGUGUAUCGAAACUUCGUGCAGUAGUUGCAAGAUUGAACUAGAAGUAGUGAAGCCCUAGAAGUAGUGGAGUUGAUGUGUCUCCCUGGAGCUCUAAGGGAAAUAUAGUGCUCCAGAAAGGUCUCUCCACUUGCUGGUGCAACAGAAAUUAUGUUGGUAGCUCGAGCUGUAGCAUGAAAUCGUAAUUAGCUUACUCAUCACAAUUGUAAUAGAUGCUGCUAGUGUUGUUCCCUUCACUUGUUUCCCAGUGAUCUAGUUGCUACCAAAAUUAAUACAAAAUGCAGGAGGCCCUGAUUCAGUUCACUGUGGAGACACUUUCUUGGCACAUUGUAUUAGAAGGAUGGAGAGAUGCAGAUAACUUCUCUGGCAUGGCAAUGGGGAGUUAAAGCGCCGUAUGACACCACAUACAAUGAGCAUUCAAGGGAGAGGCCACCUUCAGUACGAUUGAGUAUAUCUAAACAGGAACAGGGAGAGUGGUAGCACUCGUCAAGAUACUUGCUGCGCAUUGUAUGACAGAUGCAUCCGUUUUGAGAACAUUAUUACACCUCUUUUUUUUUUUGCCUGCCAAACAUUGAAAUAUUUUAAAUAAAUACAUCUUGUUAAAA